UCAAAUUCCAAUCGGACGUGCUGGAAGUACUUCGUGCAUUUCUAACAAUGGAUCGUUGGACUGGAAAGGUAGCCGUAGUAACCGGGGCCAGCUCGGGAAUCGGUGCCGUCAUAGCCAAGGAUCUGGCCAAAGCCAGAAUGGUGGUAGUCGGGUUGGCACGUCGCGUGGAACGCAUCGAAGCACUGAAGGCGGAUCUGCAGGAAUCGGUCAGCAGUCGCCUGCACGCGGUCAAGUGCGAUGUUUCGAAGGAGGAGGAUAUUCUGCAAACGUUCAAAUGGGUCGAGGAAAAAUUCGGCGGAGUGGAUGUCUUGAUUAACAAUGCCGGUAUCGUUAGGCAGAUGGAGCUGCUGGACGCUGACAAUACCGAAAAGUUGCGCGAAGUUAUGGACACCAACGUGAUGGGGUUGGUAUUGUGCAGCCGGGAAGCCUAUCAGUCGAUGACGAAACGUUCGGUUGAUGGACACAUUGUGCAUAUCAACAGUAUCGCUGGUCACAAGGUGCUGGAUUAUCCAGGUAUGAACAUCUAUUUUGCGUCCAAACAUGCUGUCACGGCCAUCACGGAAACCAUGAGGAACGAGCUGAGAAAUGCGGGAACCAAGAUCAAAGUUACGAGCGUAAGCCCCGGUGCUGUUCGAACGGAAAUCCUCCCAGAAUUAAUGAACGCAACAGAAUUUCCCAUGCUGGAGGCUGAGGACAUUUCGGAAGCCGUUCUCUAUGUUCUUGGAACACCCCCACGAGUUCAGAUUCAUGAGCUAACGAUCAAACCCGUUGGAGAAAAGUUCUAAAG